AUGUAAAGAUCGUUUCCAACAUAAUCUCAACCUGUUUUAAGCAGAAAAAGUAAAAUUAGUGAAUUAGAAGAGGUUAUUUGAUCAUUUGAAACUAGAACUUGUUUUCCAAGUUGGAUAAUCUCUUUAUUGAUUAACCAAAAUAAGAAUAAGUUUAAACAUUACAACCAAAAGUUGAUUUACUUGAAUAGGCAAAAUAGAGAAUUUAAUAAAAGAAAGAAGCUAAUCCUUCUUUUUUUGAAGAGGGUAGAAAGAAAUUGGCUGCAUAAAGAAAAAAGGAUACCUUUUUAAUUACAGCAGUUAAUUCUAUGCCAUAAAAAUAAUAUAAAAAAUAGAGUCAGACAUAAGAAUAUUAUAAAGAAGAAACUGAUUGUAAUAAUAUGCUAAAAGAUUUAAUUGCAUAAGAAGAAAGACCUUAUGAUGAUUUAGCUGAAUUAAGAAAGAUGAUUGCUAAAACUGAAUAAUGUAUGGUAGAAUAUGUAGAUGAUAUGUAUAUAGAUUAUUAAUUAGGCAUAAGUUAAAUAAGAAUGUAGUAAAAUAUAAUAAUGAGGCAAGAAAAAUAGGAAUGGGUGUAGAUGCAUAAUUGUUUGAUUUUGUAGAUCAUAAAUGCAACAAAUAUUUAACUAAGUCAAAGACUACUACAAUCAUUAAAGAUAAAAAAUAUUGA